AUGGCCAAUCAAGAUGAGAUCAUGAGCCAUGCUGCUCUGUUUCCACCGCCACCACCAUUCUGGAAGAACUUCACGACUGAGAACCUCACCAACCUGAGACAGCUCAAAGAAGCCGCCGGCAUCAAGUCUACCGCGGAGAGUAGCAAGCAGUCUGAGCUGGAAGCCACUCAGCUUCUCCAGCUUCCGUCAGAACUGCGCGCUCUGGUUCCUCCAAGACCACCAACAGAAGGUAAAUUCAGUGUAUUCGGCGAAGUACAUAAUAUCAACGAAGCUUCUCCUGCAUUCGAGGAAGAUGAAGGAUACGAACGACUCUAUCCCAGUAUCGAAGCAGAUGCCAUUUUCUCAGGGUCAGACGGGACGAUCGACCGUGCGAAGUCUCUCAAACAGCUGGCACAUAGCCUGAUCGUGAAGUUUGUCGAGCUUUUAGGCGUGCUCUCCGUCGAUCCUGAACAAUGGAAAGACAGGAUCCAUCAAAUACACCUCAUGAUCGUCAAUAUGCACCAGCUCAUCAAUGAAUACCGUCCGCACCAAGCUCGCGAAUCGCUCAUAACGAUGAUGGAGGAUCAGCUAGAGAAAAAAAGAGCUGAGGUUGAAGGUAUCAAGAGAAUGGGAGAAAAGAUAAAUCGUACUUUGGUGAACCUGGGGCAUGAGGGUUUGGAAAGUGCAAGUAAACGUGACUUCAGGCUGUUAACGCCUCCUAGUCUAGAUGACAAGAGAAGAGCCAUGCAGAGAAAUAUAUGGAACGUAUUGGCCGAAGAACUUGACGACUAA